GUCCCCGCUGGGUUUCCGUAGAUGAGGAAAGGCACCCUCCCGCUACUCCACCGACAGUUGACGGGCCGACCGUUGAAAAGCGCUUCGUCAGGUGACAGGCGGUUGGCUUCCUGAUGCGCGCGGGCGGAGAGUAGUAGCGCGAGGGAGGGGGCUGAAUGGAUGAGGCGGCAGCUGAGGAACCGCCGCUGCUGCCGCCGCCUCCGCAGCUGAGCGGCGACAGCGGGAACGUCUCUCAGAGCCACAGCAGCGCCUCCGGCAUCGGGGAGGAGGAAGAAGACGCGGCCGAAGGAGAUGCCUGCGGAGCGGAGCUGCUGCUGGCCACGGCCGCGGCGGACUACGCCGGGUACCUGCUGCCCUCGCCGCUGGGAGGAGUCGCCCCAACCGGGCAGGUGAGCGCAAUCACUCGCCCGCGUCUCCUCAGGAGGGGAAGCCGCCGCUUAACCGCAGCCUCGGAGCGGGGAGGGAGAGUUGGGUCGCGCCGCGGUGCUUACCUCGAAGCAAAGCGGCCCCCCCCCUCAGUUCAAUGGGGGGUCCCAGGUAAGGGGGCGAAGUGGGCUCACCCCUUUAGGCUGGACUCACCCACCCCAUGGGCGUAGCGAGUCCCCCCCAUCAAUUAAAUAAAUAAAUACUUAACUAAGAGUAGAAACUGUAGAAAGAUUUUGACAAGAUUUUUCUGAGCACUUUGGGUCCAAAGAAAGUAAUUUGAAACAACCGUUGAGACAUUUCCUUCAGAAUCCGCAGGAUGACAGAUGGGUGUCCUAGCCCCCCCCCCCCCCAAAAAAAAGAAAUUAUGACUACGCCCAUCCUCUCACCUCCGAUUUUAUGCAACGCAGCAGCUGUAGGACUUUAGUUUAUGGUCUUACUGGCCUUGGACUUUGUGAGGAGUUUCUUUCUUGGAGGUUAAUGGGUAUUGCUUCCAUUGUUCAACCAAAACCUGUGUCUGUUUACUCAGAAGCAAGCUCCACUUUGCCCUGAGUUUCUUCCAGUCCAUGUGUUAUCAUUAUUUCUUAAUUUCUAUAAUGCCCUCAUCCAAGAAGCACAAAAAAAGACACAACAUAGUAGCAAACAAAAACUCCACCCCCGUCGCAGACACAAAUUAAAAAGGUUAUCGUUUAAUUAGGCAAAGGCCAGGGAGAAGAGUGUUUCUGGUACCCAAAGGUGGCACCAGGCGAGCCUCUCUAGGGAGAGAAUUCCACAUAAGAAUGCCCUGUGACGUUUGCAUUUUUAUUUAUUUUUUGCAGAUUGAAACCUUAGACAAGAGUCUGGAAGAUUUGCUGACAAGGGUAGAUGAGUUUGUGGGGAUGUUAGACAUGGUAAGUCUAAGAACACAAUAGAUACGGUCAGCCACUGAAAUCAAACUACCUUUAGGCAUGCUUUCUCACCAACAUGAAAUUAAUAAUCUGAAUCUAGCUUGUUUUAACAUGUAGCAUUCCAGUUUUUGUGGCAUCCCAACAUUACCCGCAGGCAUGUGCAGAUUUGCUCAGAUCAACCAAACAAAAAAUGAAAUAGCCUUAACCAAUUGUUCUGAGCCAAAUAGUUUUGUUUAGAUUAUGAUUGUUCUUUAUAUGAGCACUUAGACACAAAUUCUUUACUUGUAGUGGCCUGUGGGUUUAAAUAACAUUUUAUUCAUUCAUUUAGAUGAUGUUUGAGAUCUCAAGUAAUCUUAAUGCUGUUGUUUAGAAUUUUUCUUGUCUGAUAUUUUUCUAGAUUCGAAGUGAUUCCUCUCAAGUAGUAAGUGAAAGUGUGCCUCAUAUUCAUGCAAAGGCAACGGAAAUGAAGCAACUGUAUAGAAAGAUUGACAAACUGGAGGUAUGUGUUUCUGAUGUCAGUAUCACAGCCCUUUUUACAGGACUACUUGGAAAUAAUCUUUGGGCUAUUUUCUUUUUGAUCCUGUAACAUAAAUAUAUUCACCCAAUCCAAACAAUUGAGCUCCAAAAUUUGUGUAGAACUUCCCAGCUGGAAAGGAGAAGUUUCCAUGUCCAUUCCUUUUCCUGCAUGCAGAUGAUCUUGUAGAUUGGUCACAUGGCCCCUUGCUGUUCUUAAAACUUAAGUUUAAACUGUCACUUUAAAAAAAAAUAAAAAAUCCUUGCUCCUGUAAAUUUCAAAUAAAAGAGGAGGAAUGUGGCUUUGUAGCGUAAAUCAGUGUAUCCAGGCACACUAGGGGAAGAGCUUGCUAUGCUGUCUUGGCAUAUACAGUGGUAUCUCAGUUUUCAAACAUAAUCAAUUCCGGAAGACCGUUAAGAGCUCCAGAACGUUCAAAAAUGGUAAACUCAAUAUGGAAGCCUCAAAAUGGAAAACUCAAUAUGGAAAACUCAAUACGGAAGCCACGUGACAUGUUUGACUUCCGAGGCACGUUCGAAAACCGAAGCAUUUACUUCCAGGUUUGCUGCGUUUGAAAACUGAAAUGUUCGUCAACGGAGACGUUCGAAAACCAAGGUAUCACAGUAUAAUCAGUCAUCUUACAUUGUAAAAAUUAUGACUCACUCUUCAGAUUUCAAAGGAGUUUAGAAGUUCAACAUAUAAGAAAUCUUGGGAUUCUUAAUUUCUGUUCUGUUUCCCACCACCCAAAAAACCCCUACUGUGCUUCCAAUACUUUUUGUAAUUAUGUAGUUAGAACUCUUGACAUAGGGAACACUGACUCUCAAGGUUCUAAUUUUUUUAAAAAAACAACAGAUUAUUCAACCACUGUGUAACAUGUGUUAAACAGAUUUUGUUGUUGUUUAGUCGUUUAGUCGUGUCCGACUCUUCGUGACCCCCAUGGACCAGAGCACGCCAGGCACUUCUGUCUUCGUUGAACAGAUGCUUUUCCACAAUCAAAUGCAGUUAAAUGGGCUUUGAAAUGCAUUGAUUUUCAUGUACUAAGUCUAAGCUGGAAUUUGGAAUGUGGCUGUAGAUUAGAUGCCAGUGGUUUCUGACAUGUGUACAGAAAAUUUGGUUUUUUAUAUGACCAAUAGAACUAUUUGAGCAAAGAAAUGUCCCUUUAAUAUUCUCCCAUAUUGCACCUGUUCAUUGCUAUUGAUCUGUUGCUGUCUUUCAGGCCUUUGUAAAAAUGGUUGGAAAUAGUGUGUCAGGGAUGGAAGAACAGAUCACAAAGGCAGAAUCAGACCUUGGAACGUUCCCAAAUACUUUCAAAAAAUUUCUACACACAAUCAAUGUGCCAUCUUUCCUUAAUGUAAGUUUUGUUCCUCAACUAUGGAAAUGCUUGCUAUAAUAAUGUAUUUGAUAUCAAAUAUCAUAAGCUUUUGUUAUGUUCAGAUGUCAAUUUACUAGAUUAGUUUGUAAGCCCAGGAGAACAACUUUGGCAAAUCUCCCCACUGUUGAGAUGAUUAUGAUGGUGAUUCAUUAAGUAGAGGUGUGGUUGGUUGAUCCUGACAGUCAACAUAUGGAUGUGUGGAUUUAGAUACAUAAAAGGGAAUGAAACAUAAUGCAAUCUAGAUAACUUUCUUGGAGUGUUAUAUCCCUCACAGACAUUUGCUUACAGUGUGCUUCUUCCCUUCAAGGGUUGCGGCCCACCCCCCACCCCACCUCUGCAUUUAUCUGAGAUGGGAAAUGGUUUGGGGGGGGGACAGGAGAUUUGGAACAUGCUAUAUGUGCCAUGAUUGCAAAAUACUGUUUUAUUAAAUGUAACCCCUAAGUACUCAAUUGUUAACAAAGGUAUGCCCACAGUGGCCAACCUACCCCACCAACCAACAGAAAGAUUCAUACAUGAUUCACCUUGCUAUCUCAUAUAAGUCCUCCACAGGUGAAUAGAAGUUACUUGCUUCCAUGAGAAAUGAAUGACAGUCAGCUCCAUUCUUUCUCAGUUCCUUUUUGGAUCUUGCCUGUUUUGUGCUUCCGGGCACGAUGACUCAUAAAUCAUUUGCCUUACAAGUUGCUAUAAAUUACAAGUGGGGAGAGUACUGUUGCACUUGGAACCUGCUUGUGGGCUUCUAAUCUAGUUUGGCCACUGUGGGAACAGAAUACUACUAGCAGGGCUCCUCUUAAGCUACCACUAAAAUUGUGGGGAAUUCAUGAUUUAUUUCUGUUUAUUCUGUUGUGAGCAAGUAUUUUAACAUACAGGUUUUAAUUCCAGAAAACAUCUUCCUCAAGGCAGAAUCAAACAGUUUAUGAACCUCCUGAUCUCUUCAAGACAGAAGACUACUUUCCUUCCCUUGGUGAAGCACAGUAUAUGUGAUUUAGCUUGACAAUGACAUUAUUGUGACAAGAGAGUCUUAUCUAAGCGAGUUCAGUGCUGAUCUUAGGUAGUUGCAAUUCUUUGGAAAUUAUGUCCUGCUGCUUCCCAUGUGUCCCAGGCCCUCUUCAAACAUAUUUCAGCUUAGUUUUGUAUAGAAUAUACUGUUUUUCCAGUCUUCCAACAAGGUGAACUAUACACUCAUGUUUGGCAGCUAACCUUGCAAGUAACCCACUUCGAAGGCAGGGAGAGGGAGAUGGGGUUGGGUGGAGGCAAGCACACUCUCAUGCCAUAUAGACAUAAGCAGUCCUUCCCCCUCCCUGAUUUUAUGUGUAGGAAAGAGGGUAAGUGUGUGCAGAAUGGGCUUCCUUAUGAUCAGCUACCUACCAAACACCUUUCCAGGCUAGAGAGUGUCAGGGAAGGCAAGUGGGGAAGUAACACAUAAGUUAAUACCUUCUUUUCUUACAGCUGCCCCCUAAGGAUGCCAUAAACACACACCUGCCUUUUUUACUUGUCAACAUUGAAAGGCUAGGUAGAAGCAGGUAUACUUUUCUAUGUGUUCCUUAGAUCUACAGCCCCUUCUUUGGACCUAAAAUGAAUUGUGGGGAAAUGGAAGAGGCCAAGCAAUAGAACUCAUUUUUGUCUUCCUCUGCCCAGGAGUAGACUGGCAUAUGGGCAACCAGUUGCCAUACUCUAGUAAUAUUUUCUUGGUUAUUCUCAUUUCAGAAAUUGGAAUAAAAAAAUGUAUAAAUACCCAUCUGCAGUUAAGAGAUUAAGAGGGGAGAAAACAGGAAAUGUAUGCUUUUGCAUCUCACAUUUUUUAUUUCUGCUGCUAGUAUUAACCCACAUACCACAAGGAUAUUUUUAAAAAAAUAUUCUGUGGUACUUUUAAGUGCAAUAAGGACCAAAACUAUACAUUCAUGCCCUUUUAAUGAAUGUAUCUGGAUUCAGUUCAAUGUACUGGGUGGAAAUGCACUGUUUAAACAAGGAGAGGCAAAAGCUGCAAAGUCAAGUCAAACAGCUAUAGGUGCUGCCUACUGCAACAAUUCUGGGGAACUGUUGCUGACAAAGCCCUUUUUGAUGAAUACCUUAAAACGUUUGUAUAUAAAAUGCCAAAAGCAGUGGCCAAAGCUCUUAUAACUUAAAAUCUAAUUAAAGUUUAAAUAAGAUUCCUUAGCGUAUGUUUUUAUUUUUAAACUAUAAAUAUGUAAGGUUGCACUCAUAAGCCCACUUGUUUGGGAUUAUGGCCAAUGAAUUCAUCAAGAUCAUACUCUCUAAUAUAGUGUUAUGGCAUGCCAUCACCCCACCCCAAUGGCAGCCUGUUAACUCUCAAAAUUUAAACUGUGUGCACUGGUUAAAAAAGACUGGCAACCCCUCAUCUAUAUAAGUCAACUCUCACAUUGUUACAGAAACUAGGAUGUAUUUUUAUUAAAAGAGGAUUAUGGAAUUUGGACUUUUCCUCUAGCAGUGAAACUAUUUUCAAUGCUGCCAUAUUGAGAAACCUAUCCAAAGGCUUUUGCAAGCACAAGUACUUUCUGCACCCUCUUGAUAAUCAAUUCUUCACUACUGUACAGGGGAUACUGGUGGGGAGAUAGAAUGUGGUUCUUUUCGGGAUAGUAGUUCUUAGUUAUGUAUUAUAAUCUCACCCAAACAUGAGAUGACUAACGUAACUCUACAGAAUCAAAGGGUGCACAGAAUGUAUUCAGCAGAAUGCAGUGGCAAACAAAGCUUUUUCUUAAUUCUCUUUCAGUCUGAGUGGGCUGCUACACAAUUAAAUGGAACCAUGUUUCAUGUAAAAGACUACCUGUCAGGAAAGAGGAUCCAACCUAAGUGUCUCACUAAUAUACACAGCCUGCAUAGGCAAUGCCCCUCACCAGUGCAUAUCCAAACACCCAACACACCUGUGGCCUGAAGUAGUGCUGCCAGGGAGUUUUACAGCUCAAGCCUGCCUACAGGGUCUAAGACACAGUAUACAGGAAACAAAGAGUUCUCAAAGGGCUGCUUGCUUGAAUGCUGCUUCAUUACGUCACUUUAAAAACUUCUAUACACAUCUAAAAUUGAAAACUUGGGUUUAUUUGAAGUCAACAGAUCAAUUGCUCUAACAUGUAACAGACCAGGCUCUCUCCUACUGUAAGGAGCAGCUCAAGCUUUAUGUGCUCUUCUCACUCCUUCAUAAUCCUUGGCGUCUAGAAAAAUAAAGAGGAGCUGUUCACGAAAGCACCACUAAUGCACCUCUAUUCACUUCCAUUCUUGGCAGAUCAUACAUGCAGUAUUCAGGCAUGUGCUGUAGUGAGAGCCAAGCAUAAUAAUUAGCACUGUCAUAUAAUUUAUCCUGCAACUUAAAAUAAGCUCACAUAUUAACUUUGGCCAAGUUGAAAUUCAGCUUAGUUGGUUGGCACUGAACACAGAUAUUUGCACUUCAGUCAGUUUUGAUUUAUAGGUCGUCAUUUCCCAAAGCCAAGUUGACCUUUCCUUAAUGUCUGCAGUGAUUUUUGUUUUGUACUUACUGCCAGCAUCUGGGUUUCAGGUAAAAGCAGCUUGCUUUUGCCACUACUUCUACCUCCUAGUUUUUUUCCACAAAAUGGCAGAGGGAGGCACUAUUCCACAUUCUCUGGGCAUUCUCACAUGAAUGGAUGAAGGUCAAAGUUAAAACAGUAGAAGUAGUAGUAAUCACCACUACUUCAGCUCACCCCUGAAUCCAUUUCUUUCACCAAGUUCUGGCAUAUACAUAAGGAUCAAUGCUGAAACAAAAGUAAAUAAUCUACCUGUGCCUACAGGACCCCCAUUGCAGAAUUUGUUUAUUUUUUGCACUGGCAUUAUUCACUGUCAGAUGAGAUUGUAUUAAAGAAUAGAACCAAACCAAAAAGCCCUCUGAACAAUUUUCUGACAUUUAUAGAAACUGAACAGCCUAUAAUGCAACUGCUUAAAUUGCACAGUUAUUUACAUGCAGUUUCACCUUAACAAAAAUUCUCUUGCCAUAAAAGACACGUUAGUAACUAGAAGACAAUGUCAAGUCAGCACACCAAAUAUAUCAUUUUCUUUUCUUGAUGCUAAAGUAAUAAGGUGUCCUAGUCAAGUUGAACAGAAUGUUAAAUGUUAGUGGUUAAAACAACAGUAUUCUGUAGAGAUGUCAGAACAUACAUUGCUGAAAAGUAAGAGACAAGAGAAGCAAUAAAACCUGCCCCUUGUUCGCAGGCCUAUUUGUUUUUAAAGAGUACUCUGCAUGUGCAAUCUCUUGCCUAACUUUAGACAAGGUUGUCAUCUGGGUGACGCAGGAAAUAAUUCAGCUACUGUAAUGAUAGCAAGAGCUUUCAAUAAACAUUGAUUCAAAUACAGUGAGAAACUUGAAUAAAUUCAGGGCCUGCACUAGGCUAGUGUUGCUGAAGUCUUUGAUCCCUUGCCCCAAACAAAAGUGGUUUGGGAUUAUUUGCUAACAUAGAGCAGAGCAGCCAGUGAAAAGCCUUCAUAAAGUGUACAUAGCCAAGUGCUGCCUGGAACAGUAUGCUAUGUCAUCAGAGCUCCCAGCAAGCAAUAGAGCCAUAUGAAAAGAUCCCUAGGUUGUCAUUAUAGCUCAAUAUCAAAUGGACAGCUCCUCUCUCUUAUUUAUUCCAAAAUGCAAAUCAAGAAUUAUUAAACCAAAGUUUUAACUUCAGGGGAGAAAAGUUGCCAUUUUUUAUGUAAGCCUUCAUAGUUUCUUAUUGUAAAACAAAUAGUUUAGAAAACAGUGCUUGCAAAUCCUUGGCUUACAUGUUUCAUAACUAAAGGCAGCAACUGCUACUUUUCAAUUAAUCAAAGUUUCUGCAUUUGUUAUAGCUGUCACUGGUAAAUCUGUUGUUAAUUUGGGGAGCAAUCUGAAGAUUAGGUUACAAGUUAACCAUAUUAAUUUUAAAGACAGAGGAGGUGGUUUUUUUAAAUUAUGGCCCUCCUAAUAGUUUUAUUAUUUUAUCAAACAUAUACACUUUUAGAAACAAUUUGUACUUUUAAAAAAAAGCCAGGAAAAUUGUUACACAAUUGUAUAAAAACCAUAGGUAGAGAAAACUACCCCAUGAACAGCAAAAAAGAACAAAACAAAAACCCAGAGCCUCAGGUAUACUAUACUGUACCCUACUGCCACAAAGAACACACAGCCCAAAUGAAAGAGGCACUGCGUACUAAUCUUUUAAUAACCACAAGAAACUAAAUCAGUGAGACAAUUCAAAGAAUCAUCGAGUUGGAAGGAUGCCAAGGGUCGAGUCCAACCCCCUGCAAUGCAUGAAUCUGAACUAAAGCAUCCAUAUCAGAUGCCUGAAUAUGCAAUCUUGAUUGCCUUAUGAGAGUUUUUUUUAAAAAAAAAAUUACACAUCUUCUGAUUCACAUUUUAAAUUCAAACUGUGCUUCACAUUUUUAAGUUCAGACAUAUUGAAUCCCAAAAGCACAGAAGGCUUAAGAUUUUUUAUUGCCCUUAGGCAGGUGUGUCUCUUUCUCCCAAAGAAUGAUGCAAUGUCAACUUUCCAAGCACACAGACUGGAUGACAGUAACUCUAACUCCUUUUUAGAGGGAUACGGCUUCUUGUUAAAAUAAUCUAUAAGAAACAGUUUCUGAACUUCAUUUGAGCACUGCUGGAAUGGCUUUGGAUUUAAUGCUAAAAUGUGAAGAUUCUCAACGGAGGGCUGGCCCUUAGUUUCAGACUUAUGAUCAGUCUUUUGUCUCUUGGAAGGCACAAAAGUCAUUUCCUUAGCUGGAACUUGGGCUGUGCCACUGUCUAUAAUCAGGAAUGGCUGGUCAUCAUUCAUUUGGUCCUCUGCAACAGAAUAAAGGUGAUCAGAUAGUUUCCUCUUCGUUGAGAGAGAAGGAUCAUCAUGAUUUUCACCAUUCACAAGUGCCAGAUCUUUCUUCUCGUCGAGUUCAAGCUCCAUCUUCACAGCUGGGGUGCUGUCUUUGGGAGCGCUCCGGCAGCGAAGCAGAUGCACAGCAAUAGCAGUCAGAGUCAUGUUGCCAGUAUAUACACCACAGCAGUGGAUACAUUUGAAAGCUGGGGUCUUUAAAAUGGUGUGCACAGUUGGCAUGAUAUGGUGCCUGUCCUUCAAAUGGAACUCGUAGGCUUCUAGGCUAGUGAAAACACCGUAACAAAAAGGGCAAGUUGAUACUUUCUUAUUGCCAUUAUUCAUAUCAGCAGUCUCAUGUUGCAGCUUCAUGUACAGAGGAAUAAGUGUCCUUGAAUUUACCCCAGCAAGUAAUGCUAGGUGUACUUCUUUUUCACAAAGUUCUUCUUUUACAGUUAUGUUGAAGUCAAAGUGAGGAAACACCAGGUCACCUUCCGAAUCACUCUCAAGUUGAAAACCUUUGUCAUCAUAAUCUGCAUGUAGUUUCUUCUUCCCCUUAUGUACAGUUUUAGUAUGAUCCACAAGGCAUUUUAGGUCGUGAAAAGUACUGGUGCAAAACAGGCAAGCUAAUCCAUGUAUGAAAAUAUGUUUUAUAAGCUCUGCCUGAGAGAGAAAACAUUUACAAGAAAAACACCUGACCGUCUUAUCUUUUAGCCAUCUCAGAAAAGGUGCACAGGCUGCAACUUUGUCUGUAUCAAGCUUGCCCGUCUUCCCUGAACUGCAUUUGUGAGCCACUUGCAUGUGCACCUGAUAGACAUUUGAUGGGAAAAGCUCACUGCAAACAGGGCAAGUCUUCCACUGCUUGGCCUGUUUAAGGGCUAGGCUCAUUGCAGAGGCAGAGACAGAAGUCUUGGCGAGGGUAUUCGUGGAAGAAGUUACUACUACAGAGGAAGGCACAGUAGCUGGAGCCUGAGACUGCUGAGUAACUGUACUAGAUUGCAUCAGCUGAACAGGCAUCUGAGGAGGUGGAGCUGUUGUCACCCCUCCACCCGCUGGCACAGGCAAAGCUACUGAAACUGGGGCAAGGGUAUACGUAGGUAUCCCAUUAACUUGUCUGCCAGUUGGAAUUAACUGUCGAAGGAUAGGUCCCGCAGUCAGUAAAGUAGCAUUCUGAGAAACUCCAGGUCUGACAGACGGGUUUACAGGAAGUACUCCUGGUGCAACAGGCUGAUUGAACUGGAGAAUCCCAGGUCCAACUGACUGGUUUACAGGAAGAACUCCAGGUGCAACAGGAUGAUUAAACUGAAGAACCCCUGGUGGGAUCGCCUGGGUGACUGGAAGGACCCCAGGACCACUGGGCUGGUUCGAGCUACCAACAGGUCGGUUUACAGCAAGGACGCCAGGUGAAGAAGGUCUGUUUACAGGAACAGAGCUAGCCGCAAUGGGUCUGUUCAGAGAACCAGCAGGCUGAGUUACAGGGAGAGACCCCGGCAAAACUGGACUGCCAACGGCCCUAACAGAUUGAUUAACAGGAAGCAGGGUAGGCCGGACAGGCCGAGUGAAUGAAAGGACUCCUGGAGGAACAGUUCGACUUAUGCUCCCAGGAGGCUGGUUUAGGCAGAGAAUGUCAGGUCUCACUGGCUGCUUCACAGGAAGUCGAUGAGAAACAAAGACUGGAUGAGGAACUGCAGGCCGAAGAGUCACAUUGUUCGGACCUGCUUGGCUAGGCAGUAGUGUAUGACAUGACUGGGCAACUGUAGCUGACGAUGAUGGAUGUGUCAGGCUACUGGAGGCACUUGGUCCAACUGUGUUUGGGACUGCUUUUGUUGGCACCACAUUCUGAUUCUGAUUCACUGAUGGAAGUGAAAGUUGGAUACAUGUAGGAGAAGGUGAACCCACUGAAGCAGUGGUAGGUUUCAGCGAUGGUGUGGCUCCAACUGUGGAAGGCUUGGGUGCAAUACUGACGAUAUGCUGUGACUUUGCUUGUCCUGAUUUUUUAGGCUGCACUGAAAUUAUAGGUCUCAAUAUAUUCUCCAGGUCUUUGUGUACUUCAGAUGUUAGGACAUGGUAUAUUAAAGAAUCCCGACUGUUUGCAAAAGCAUUGCACUUUUUACAGUAGUGAUCAGUAAAAUUCUCUUCACUUUCAUCAGGCCUCUCCUCAAAGUAUGUGCUUAUUAGGCUUUGGAAAUGGGUUACCAAUACAUGUUUCUUCGUAUUAUAGUAUAAUGUGUCUGUAAACUGACAUUUCUGGCAUAUGAAGUUUACUGCAUCACUCCGGAAUUGUCUCAUGCCACCACUCACAUUAUAGUUUUGAAUUUUUUUCUUAGAGUGAAAUAUACGAAGGUGUUUUCCCACUACUUUCGAAUGAGAAGCAAAUGCACAUUCUGGGCAAGGAACAACUAAUUCUUGGUCAACUUCAUCUUCAUGGUAACGGUUCAAGUGGUUUUUGAAAGAAGAAAGAAAUUUUGAUGAGAACUUGCAGAGGCUACAGCAGUACGGAUUUGUUCUAUAUCUCUGAAAAACAAGAAAAAGGGGCAGUUACUUCAACUGGCAUCUACGAAAGGCAUAUUUAUGUUGAUUGUCCAAUAAAAAUACCAAAGUACUGAAAGCCACUAUACUAAUUUCAGUCAACAUAAAAGUUUCUUCAGGCGAUCAGAACUUUCCACAUCCAAGAGAGUAUUAACAAAAAGCCAACAUCUUAUGCAUUUAUAUGAACACAACUUUCUCAUCACUAAUGCUUGCAUAACAACACAAACUGUAUGCAGAACAAGCAAAAUGAUGUAGAUGUUUUAUGUUGCUGUGCUGGCAACAUAACCCCAUCCCAUAGCCCCAUUCAAAAACUGGGUGAAAAUUUGGAUUCUAGCCAACACAGAAAACAAUGUGGGAAAGCUACUGCUUGGUGAUCAGUUAGUCACCAGGAAACAAUAAUACAGUUUCUUUACUCUUUGAGAUCAUCAUUUUCAAGACCAUCAUUUUCUUUUCAUCUUCUAAUCAGUCAUUAUAAUGGCAUCCU